ACAGAUUAUCCUCCUAAAGGAGGGGACCGAGGCAUCUCAAGGAAAGUCUCAAAUUGUGAGCAAUAUCAGUGCCUGCCAACUUAUUGCAGAUGCUGUAAGAACGACGCUCGGUCCACGUGGAAUGGACAAACUGAUUGUAGAUAAUAAUGGUAAAGUGACAAUAUCCAAUGAUGGUGCAACAAUAUUGAAAUUAUUAGAUGUUAUCCAUCCUGCAGCAAAAACAUUAGUACAGAUUGCCAAGUCACAAGAUGCGGAGGUUGGUGAUGGUACUACAUCGGUUACUCUCAUAGCAGCUGAAUUCCUCAAGCAAGUUAAGCCUUGUAUUGAAGAUAAUGUCCACCCACAGAUCAUUGUAAGAGCCUACAGAAAAGCAACUCAUUUAGUACUGGAAAAAAUUAAAGAGAUUUCAGUCAAAGUGAAGAAAGAUGACCCGCAGCAAUUACGAGAGGUACUUGAAAAAUGUGCUGCGACGACUUUGAGUUCUAAAUUGGUUGCGGCCCAUAAAGAAUUUUUUGCGGUAAUGAUUGUAGAUGCUGUGAUGUUAUUAGAUGAGUUGUUGCCACUUGACAUGAUAGGUAUAAAGAAAGUUACUGGUGGUGCUCUGGAGGAUUCCAGACUAAUUUCGGGUGUCGCUUUCAAGAAAACAUUCUCCUAUGCUGGUUUUUGUAUGCAACCUAAAAAAUACAAAGAUGCAAAAAUAGCUUUAUUGAAUGUGGAGUUGGAAUUAAAAGCAGAAAGAGACAAUGCUGAAAUCAGACUAGAUAAUGUUCAGGAGUAUCAGGCUGUAGUUGAUGCCGAGUGGUCUAUACUGUAUGAUAAACUACAAAAACUUCACGACAGUGGCGCUCAAGUUGUGUUAUCUAAACUACCAAUUGGAGAUGUUGCAACUCAGUGGUUUGCUGAUAGGGAUAUGUUCUGUGCUGGCAGAGUUCCUGAGGAAGAUUUGAAACGUACAAUGAAAGCUUGUGGUGGUGCGAUACAGACAUCUAUAGAGUCGCUGACAAAAGAUGUCUUAGGUAGUUGUGAAUCAUUUGAGGAGCAGCAAAUAGGUGGAGAAAGGUAUAAUAUAUUUACUGGCUGUCCACAGGCUAAGACGUGUACGAUUAUAUUACGUGGUGGUGCCGAACAGUUUAUAGAUGAAACUGAACGAUCUUUACAUGAUGCUAUUAUGAUUGUACGAAGAGCUAUCAAGAAUGACGCUGUAGUUGCAGGUGGCGGAGCCAUUGAGAUGGAGCUCAGUAAAUACUUGCGUGACUACUCGCGUGGUAUAGCAGGCAAAGAACAGGUUCUCAUUGGAGCAAUGGCAAAAGCAUUUGAAUGCAUUCCCAGACAGCUAUGCGACAACGCUGGCUUUGAUGCCACUAACAUACUUAAUAAACUCAGACAAAAACACUUCCAGGGUGAAAUGUGGUAUGGGGUGGACAUCAACAAUGAAGAUAUAGCAGAUAACCUUGUAGCAUGCGUCUGGGAACCGGCUAUUGUCAAAAUGAAUGCCAUCACAGCGGCAUCCGAAGCAGCUUGUCUUAUAUUGUCAGUCGACGAAACUGUUAAAAAUCCACAAUCGGGGGGAAAUCAACAACCAAGAGGGAGAGGGAGAGGCAGGCCACAUUAACACUAGUUUCUCUUAACUAUAUUUAUAAAUGUUCAUGUCGCCAUUCCUGUGUAUUGUCUACCUUUCAAAUUAUUAGAUAUUUGGGUAUAUGUGCAUCUGAUAAGAUAGAGGUAUAGACUUCAUUUUUUUUUUGCUCUGCCACAUUACAUGUUUCUUAAUGUGUAUGGAAGAGCAGAUAAAACAUUGUCUCCCUGCAUAUGCAUUUGAUCAGAUUGACGCAAUUGUGACAAAAGUGGUGUAUGCUUCAUUUCCAUUCUAUAAAUGUUAAAGAACUAUAAUGUACAAUUCAAUGGAAUCUAUGCAGUUGAUAAUUUAAUUUUUUUUUUUAGUUGCUUCUUCUGUACAUACCUUUUGUUUAUUGAGGUCGACAGUGGGUUAAACCACUGACGGAAUCUCCCAUUGUAUUUAAAGGGUGGGGCUAAACAACUAAGGGGUCUGCUUGGAUUUAUUUUGUUUUGAAAUAAGUCAUGUCUUGUAUUUACAGCUGCAUUUGUGCUGUAACUUCUGAUAUUCUUUCUUUGUAUUUUUGUUUACAAUAAAAUGAAUGUUGUUCGGG